CAAUAAUUUUACGAUUUUAAGGUUAAGUGAGUUUCGAUUAGAGUGCAGCGUAGCACCUUGCAGAUAUGGUUCCUUCGACACGCGGCUUUAUUUUGGCCAACCAAACAUUUGUGUGUUUUAUUCGUGCCACUAAUAACUAUUAUAUUGACUUAAAAUUUGUGUAAUACGUACAACUUGUUGAUUUAAAAGACGCUGGAUACAAAACACAAAAGUAAUUUAUUUUCGUCAGAAUUGUGUACUUAAGAAAAUUAAUGUUCAAAUAAUUGUUACAAUCACAACUCCUAGACGUUAUUUUUGUUAUGCACUUUAUUUUUAAAUGUCAAUAAAAGAGUUUUGUAAUUGUAAAUGUAUAUGUUAUAUUCGUAUAAUGGUUUUAUAGCAUUUAACCAUCCUUUAGUAAAUAAGAUUAAAAGAGAUUAUGGAGGUGGAUAUCGAAGUGGCAGGAAACCAUUGCCAACCGAACCACCUUACACUGCUUAUGUGGGAAACUUACCAAAUGGAGUUGUUCAAGGAGAUGUGGAUAAAAUCUUUGAAAAACUUAACGUUAAAGGAAUCAGAUUGGUUAAAGAUAAAGAAACUGAUAGGUUUAAGGGUUUCUGUUACGUUGAAUUUGAAGAUGUGACAGAUUUAGAAGCAGCCCUAGAAAUGGAUGGGGCAGUAGAAGUAGACAAAAGUGUGAUUAAAAUAGAUGUAGCAGAGGGAAAAAGAAAUGAUCGAGGUGGAGGUUUUGACAGGAGAGGCCGUGGUGGUGGUGGCAGUGGAGGAGGAUUUAGAGGGAGAGAUGCUGGCCGUGGUGGAUAUGGCGAUGAUUUCGGAGGUUACAAUGAUAGAGGGCAACAUGGUGGCAGGCAAAGUAAUAUGUGGGAUAUGAGGGGUAACCGAAGCAAUUAUAGUCCAUUCAAUGAUGAAGCAGGUGGCGGAAGUCGAGACUGGUCGCGUAACUCGGCAUCUAGAUCAUAUGGUAAUAGACCACCUCCUCCUCGAGGAACUGGCCCAGAACGGAAACCGUUUCAUGAUGAAUCAUUUAACAAAGAUCCACCUCCAGCGCCAGAUACAUCUGGAAGAAAACGUCUGGUCUUAAAACCAAGAACAAUUCAAGCUCCUAUAAAUGCAAUUGCUGAAUCAAGUAAAUCAAGUUCAAUUUACGGUGGAGCAAAACCUCGAGAGGAGAAACUUAAUACCGAUGACAAGUAAACACAUUAAUAUGAUUAAUAGUUUCUAAUUCCCUAAAUUUCAGGGAAAGAAACUUUCCCAAAAUAAAAAUUUGGAAACAGACACAAGAUCACAUAGUUUCCUCAAAUGUAGUGGGGAAUAUCUCUUCAAAGAUAAAAUGAAAUUACAAUAAUUUUGAUUUACCCCCAAAAGGAGAGUCUUCCCCACGAAUACGUAAUGAUAAAAGGUGAUUUAAUGAGAUUUUUAAGUUCUACGUAUUUGGCACUUUUAAUUAAACAUGAAAUUUUCUCAUCUAGUGUCCUCUCUAUUUACAUUAUCUUCUUAGUUGAAAAAUGUAAUAAUAAAUUGGGAAUUUAAAGUAAAAAACUUCGUGUGCAUAAUGCAUGCUCCAAUUAAUAUUCGUUAUGUGUAUUUAUAUAUAUAAUAUACGUAUUAAAACCAAUUAUCACACAUAUAUAGACAUAUGUGCGUGUGUGCUAUCUAUGAUCGUGAGAACGAUACAAAAAGAACAUUUUAAUAUUCAUGUCAAUUUGAAGUUGAAUUCGGUAUCAGUUUGUGAUAAUAUUGAGGGUAUGUGUACAAAUUAUUAAAAAAAAAUAUAUACUGUUAUCGCACGUA